AUGGAAGUCGCCAGCAGAGGGCAAGCCCUGGCCCCAUACCACGCGGACAGCAAGAGAGACUGGGGCAGAGCCCAGACCAUCCGGGGUGGGAGCCGCCUGGCACUGCACUGGCUCCUGGCCCGGCCCCAGAGCCCCAGCCGCUUCUCCCUGCUGCUCCUGCUUCCACUGCUGCUGCCACCGGGCCCAGCUGGGCACACAGCUGCCCAGCGCUGCCCACUGAGCUGCGUGUGCGACAACUCCAGGCGGCACGUUACCUGCCGGCACCAGAACCUCACCGAGGUGCCGGACACCAUCCCCGAGCUGACCCAGCGCCUAGACCUCCAGGGCAACAUGCUGAAGGUGAUCCCCCCAGGUGCCUUCCAGGCCCUGCCCCACCUGACGCAUCUGGACCUGCGGCACUGCCAGGUGGAGCUGGUGGCUGAGGGCGCCUUCCGCGGCUUGGGCCGUCUGCUCCUCCUCAACCUGGCCUCCAACCGCCUGACCGCGCUGCCCCAGGAGGCACUGGAUGGGCUGGGCUCGCUGCAGCGACUGGAGCUGGAGGAGAACCUGCUGGAGGAGCUGCGCCCCGGGACGUUCGGGCCCCUGGGUGCUCUGGCCACACUGAACUUGGCCCACAAUGCCCUGGUCUACCUGCCGGCCAUGGCCUUCCAGGGGCUGCUGCGCGCCCGCUGGCUGCAGCUGUCCCACAACGCGCUCAGCGUGCUGGCCCCCGAGGCUCUGGUCGGUCUGCCCGCGCUACGCCGGCUCAGCCUGCACCACAACGAGCUGCAGGCCCUGCCCGGGCCGACCCUGUCUCAGGCUCGGGGCCUGGUGCGUCUGGAGCUGGGUCACAACCCACUCACCUACGCAGGUGAGGAGGACGCACUGGUGCUGCCCGGCCUGCGGGAGCUGCGUCUGGACCACGGGGCGCUGCAGGCUCUGGGGCCAAGGGCCUUCGCCCACUGCCCACGCCUGCGCACCCUCGACCUCCGCGGGAACCAGUUGGACGUGCUGCCGCCGCUGCAGGGCCUGGGCCAGCUGCAUCUGCUGCGGCUGCAGGGGAACCCGCUGUGGUGCGGCUGCCAGGCCCUGCCGCUGUUCGGUUGGCUGGCUCGGGUGCGCGUGCACGUGGAGGGCACGUGCAGGGGACCCCGGAGGCUGCGUGGGGAGGCCCUGGACGCCCUGUGGCCCUCGGCCCCGCGCUGCCUGGGAAAUGGCGCGGAGGAAGAGGAGGAGCUGGCGGCUGCCCGGCGCCGCGCCCCCACACGGGCCCCCCAGGAGGAUGAGUGGGCGGCCAGGCCCUGCCCGCGCGUCUGCACUUGCGCUUCCGAGUCUGCGCACAGCAGCUGUGAGGGCCGCGGCCUGCAUGCUGUGCCCAGCGGCUUCCCCAACAACACCCAGCUCCUGGACCUACGGAGGAACCACUUCCUCUUGGUGCCCCGAGCGGCCUUCCCUGGCCUGGGCCACCUGGUAUCCCUGUACCUGCAGCAUUGCCACAUCACCGAGCUGGAAGCGGGUGCCUUGGCGGGGCUAGGCCGCCUGGUCUACCUCUACCUCUCUGACAACCAGCUCUCAGGCCUCAGCGCAGCUGCCCUUGAAGGGGCCCCCCACCUGGGGUACCUGUACCUGGAGCGCAACCACUUCCUGCAGGUGCCAGGGGCCGCCCUGCGUGCCCUGCCCAGCCUCGUCUCCUUGCAUCUGCAGGACAACGCCGUGGAGCGCUUGGCACCGGGGGACCUCGCAGGGGCACAAGUCUUGCGCUGGCUGUACCUGAGUGGGAACCGCAUCACCCAGGUGUCCCCGGGGGCGUUGGGUUCAGCCCGGGAGCUGGAGAAGCUGUACCUGGAUGGGAACCAGCUUUCAGGGGUGCCCACUGGGGCCUUGGCGGGGCUGCCUGCCCUGGUGGAGCUGCAGCUCUCAGGGAACCCGCUCAGGACCCUGCAUGACGGGGCCUUCCGGCCUGUGGCUCGAUCCGUGCAGUUCCUCUUUCUGAACAGUAGCAGCCUGGAGCAGGUUUCUCCCGGGGCCUUCGCGGGCCUGGGGCCCAGCCUCCGGAGUCUGCACCUGCAGGGGAACCAGCUGCAGGCCCUGCCCGCCCUGCCCACGCUCACACGGCUUGAGCUCUUGGACCUCAGCGGCAAUCCCUUCCGCUGCGACUGCCAGCUGCUCCCGCUGCACAGGUGGCUAACUGGGCUGAACCUGCGGGUGGGUGCCACCUGCGUGGCCCCUGCCAGUGCCCGUGGCCAGAGGGUGAAGGCUGCGGUGGCCGUCUUUGAAGGCUGCCCAGGCUGGGCUGCCAGGAAGGCCAAGCGGACGCCAGUGGCCCGGUCUGGUGUCAGGAGAGCUCCUGCCAAGGGGAGACGCCGGGCAGUAUACAAGGUUGGCAGUGGGGCUCGGGGCCUCGGAGGAGCCAAGCGAUGA